AUGACGGCGGAUACUGCGCCGGAAGGUCAGCCGUCUGCAACUCACUUAGCGCCAAACGAGAAGUUCUUUCGCUACUUCCAGCAUGAAGUCACAGCCCUCCAAGAGCAAAUGGGUCGCAUCCAGAGCCACGGUACCGCUGGCGGUGAGCGAUCAGACGCUGUGGACCACUGCCUAUCUGCCAUUGCUCGACUGUCAACCGAGGUCCAAGAUGCAUCGUCCUUCAUUCCAGCCUAUGACCAACGAACAUACGGAGAUGCCAUCAAAGCCUUGAACGCAAAACUACAGGAGGUUCGAUCGUCCGUUGCACCCAAGCCCAAAUUCUCGUUCAAAUCCAACGCGCUGUUCAGCGCAACCAAGAACGAAUCCGCGAUCAGUCUCAAUGAUGCUGCCGAGUUGGCGAGUCAAAGACGCCAUCAAAUGCCUGUGGCUGGUCUCUCCAAUGAUUUGAGCUUCGCUACGACUCCCAUCGAGGCAAUCACUCCCGCCAAUGAACAUGCGACCCCGAGCUCCGCCCAGAACGGCAGCAGCAGUAAUUCAGAUUCUGGACCUUCCUCCGCACAAAGCGACUCAAUAACAAUAUACAACCACGACCGAGACCAUGUCGUUCUACCUGCCACCGCCAGUCACGCAACAAGUUCCGGAACUGUCUCCAACAUCCAGAACUCCAUCAUCAACAUCUCUGCUCCUAGCGCACAAGGCCGUGCAUUCGCCGGCUUGACACUCAAGAACAUUUCUAACUCUCUCGUCAUAUGCGGCCAUGUCAAAACCGCAGUCCAUCUGACGAACGUCAAAAGCUCAACUAUCGUGGUAGCUACUCGACAAUUCCGCAUGCACGACUCCUCAAGCUGCGACGUCUAUCUCCUGGCAAGUUCGCGGCCAAUCAUUGAGGACUGCAGUGGGAUUAGAUUCGCGCCUCUUCCGGAAGCGUAUCAACUGGAGGGUGACGAGGCGAAGGAGAAUCUGUGGGAGAAGGUGGACGACUUCAAGUGGUUGAGGAAUGAGCAGAGUCCGAAUUGGAGUCUCAUGGACCCAGGUGCGAGGAUCGAGGAGACGGUGUGGGGAAGAAUCAUGUCGGCAGAGCGUGGGUCUGCGAUCGAUGACUCUCUAAAAGCGGUUGGCGCGGGAAGAUCUUGA